GUAACUUUAACAAACUAUUUAUUCUUUUUCAUGGAAAGGGUUUUAAAGUUGUGGCGUGUGCGCUACAAACAAAAUUGAAUUGGGAGAUGGAGAUUGGAAUCGCCUUCGACGCAUCCCGCUUAAACCACUGCUAAAUCCUUACUUCCCGACGGAUGAUUUCUCUGCAAACGCUUUGACAAGUAAUCCCAGUCGAUUGUUUUCAACUCUCAAGAGCGGAAUCCUGGUGGGUUUUGAUUUUGAUUUUGAUUUUGAUCACUGCAAGAUGCCUUCGUCUUCUCUGUUUUUCGGACCCCCGGAAAUGGUUGUCAAGAAUCGCUUUCUGGGUUUCCUUAUUUGGCAGUCCAUUCCUUCAACCUUCGUCUUUUUCCUCUUUAAAAUCUUCGUUUCAGCCAUUUUCUCUGUUUCUGGUAGCAAUUCCUCGAGUGCGGCUAACAAUCCAUCAGCCCCUUUUGCGUCAAUGUUCACUGGAUUCUUCACUUUUCUUACAUUUCAUCUCUCUCAACUCCUCUUCUCUGCAUCUCUCUCUCUCCUUGCUUCGCCCCAGCUCGAGCGCCCUGCCGCACCGCUUGAGCUCACUUUUGGACUCGUUCGGUUUCUCGUAGUUUCAGGCGGUGACAAUGCUUCACCGACGUCGGCGUUCAAUGAUUUUCGCCGUCGUGCUACGGUUUCGUUAUAUUUGCUUCUGUUUGUUGUGGCAACUGCGAUUUCAGGUUCCUUGGCGGCCGUCUCUAUAUGUUGGGGGAAAUCGGAUGGUCUCAGAAGUGCUUGGCAUACGGGUCUUUCGAUGGGUCUGAUUUAUGGCGCUUUCUAUGUUUACAACAAAAGAUGGGUUCUAACGUUCCCAAUCAUACAGCGUCCCCCAUUUUUCAGCUUCAAGAUGGGUUUUCCUGCAGCUACCAGAUUGGCUUCCAAACUUUCUGCUGCAGCUUUCCUAUUCUCAGCUGUAUUAAUGGUGCUUUUGCCUGAUCAAUUUAAGAGAAAUGUUACAGUCAGGAAGUUCAUAGCUAACCAGGCCAUUAUUUUCGUUGGGAGCUUUGCAAUAUUUCUUUCUUGGGAAUUGACUCAACACUUGCAUCAGGUCCUGCAUACCAAGAGGUAUGCGUUUGCACCUCCAAAGGGAUCUGCAGCAGCAGAAACAAAUCCCAGUGAGUACCUCUUUGCAGCUUUAGAGGACAGCAAUUCAGGGUCUCUUUUGCAAUAUCUUGCUUUUCUUGAUCUCUGCAUGGUUUGUGAGAACAAUGUGGAUAUAUGGAGGAGAGCUGCAUUUUUUGAAGAAACAGGUGAGACAUAUAAGCGAAUUAUAUCCAUUUCCUUGAAGCCUUUGGAGCAAUUUGCACUGAACUUAGGCCAAGGUUUGGAAGGUGCUGUGGACAUUACCUCCCAACUAUCGCCAAAGGACUCUCACUUCGACGUAAAACAAUUCGAAACUCUUAAAAACUUUCAGUUGUAUGCAUGGUGUGCUCGAACAGUUUCUAUGUUGACUGCACGCUCACAUGCUGAAGAUCGAUUUGGUGUUGCUCAACUCUCUGGUAGUAAUGCAACUGUUAUGUCAACACUGUUGUCUUGCCUGCUUGCUGUUGAAGUGUUGAUGGGUAAGAAGACGACUAUACAGUCUUCACGAGGUUUAUUCGGCCCGGCUAGUAUUAAAUGGGCAACGUCAAGUAUUGGAAGAGUAGAUGCUUUGGUUGGUAAAAGGAAAAGUGGUCCGCUGCAUUCGAAGGCAUAUGCUAUUGCAAACGUAUUGAGGGUGUCGAUCUAUGUCGUCGUUUCUGCAUUCCAUAACGAGAUGGUGAAUAGUGCCAAGUCCGGUGUUCUUGAGAAAGAUUGGAUCACUGGUGAAAAGCCCCUUUAUGGUACUCGUGAGUUGCUUCUUCAGAAAUUGCAUAUUUUCUUGGACUUUCAAGCUUAGAUAGAACGGCGAUUUCAUUUUCCCCGUCUCGGCCCCGUUCGUCGAAUUAUAGCGUAGCGAAUCACUUGUGAGGCAGUUUUGUUGUCUUUGAUUCUGAAGAGUUAACUAAGCUGGUAAGUUUGUAGUUCAUUGCCUUUCAUAAACACCCAUCUUUUACUUGAAUCUUUGCAUUUUGAU